AUGAACCUUAGCCAGUGCGAUGAAUAUAUCAAAGCGAUCGUAAUGUGUAAUGAUUAUAUCAACUUUUCGUACAUAUGGAGCAAAUCAUGGAACAUUUGGCAAUCGUUGAAGGAGACCAAAUGGCACAAGGAAAGUGCAGACGAAAAACUAGGUGAAGGCUCUUCGAUACUAUACAACGAGAGAGGAUCGGUGCUGUUUGAGGCGUGUCUCGUGCGUGAAAGCAGAAGAAAGUGCCCUCGUAAAGAGAAGAAAGUAAUCCUCGAUAUAUCACUCGAAACAGCAUCGAUGCUUUGCGAAGAGAGCAGUUUAAAACGACACCUCGGGAAGCGAAUGAAAGGAACGGCUGAACACCCAACGCAAGCUGACGACUGUUAUGGGAUCACAUCUGGAGACUCAUUAAUCCGGAAACCUGGCAAAAAACUUGCAAUUUCCGGAAGUUCCGACGAUGAAUGAAUGAGGAGAUAAGAACGUUCUUCACAGUAACGUAUAAGGAGAGCACUAGAGCGUAAUACGUAACAAAACACUGUGAGAAGACCGGUUGAGAUACUAGGAUUCGCUUUUCGCAGUUCUUUUUGUGAUGCCAAAAAUCACUUGCACGUGAUUUGGUGAUCAUCUAGACUGUGAAUGCACUGUUUCCGUUUUCUUUUACAAAGCCAUGUAAUACAACUUCUUAGAUGGUUGUUGAUCUAAAUUAUGAAGUUCUAC